UCGCUGUUUCCUUGGUCUGGUGCCAAAACCUUGGGCGAGAAAGGGAGCGACAGAAACAAAGGGAGAAAGAAGCCGUGUGACCCGUGAGAUUGGCUAUGGCUUCCACCAAAGAUCGCGAGAACUUCGUCUACAUCGCCAAGCUUGCUGAACAGGCCGAGCGCUAUGACGAAAUGGUAGAUUCCAUGAAGAAAGUUGCACAGCUGAAUGUUGAUUUGACUGUGGAGGAGAGGAAUCUGCUCUCUGUUGGGUACAAGAAUGUGGUCGGAUCUCGUAGAGCAUCUUGGAGGAUUCUGUCAUCCAUUGAGCAGAAAGAGGAGUCAAGAGGGAAUGAUCUGAAUGCCAAGAGGAUCAAGGAGUACAGACAGAAGGUUGAAUUAGAGCUAACGAACAUUUGCAAUGAUAUCAUGACAGUGAUUGAUGACCAUCUCAUCCCUGCCUCUUCUACUAGCGAAUCAAAUGUUUUUUACUACAAAAUGAAAGGCGACUAUUACCGGUACCUUGCUGAGUUCAAGACUGCUAGUGAGAAGAAAGAGGUUGCUGAUCAUUCGAUGAAAGCAUAUGAAGCAGCUACCGCUGCAGCAGAGGCUGAUUUGCCUCCAACACAUCCCAUCCGGUUGGGCUUGGCCCUGAAUUUCUCAGUCUUUUAUUAUGAGAUUAUGAAUUCACCUGAGAGGGCUUGUCAUCUUGCAAAGCAAGCUUUUGAUGAGGCCAUUUCAGAGCUGGAUACUCUGAAUGAGGAGUCAUACAAGGACAGCACUUUAAUUAUGCAGCUACUUAGGGAUAACCUGACCUUGUGGACUUCAGACAUCCCAGAGGAUGGAGAAGGUGCUCAGAAGAUCGAGGGUGGUCCGGCCAGAUCUGUUGGGCCCGAGGAUAAAGAGAAAAGCGGUUAGAAGCUUGAAGGACCUGCUGCUUGUAUUCACUGAAAGGGAGGGUAUGACCUUAGGCCCCGACCCUAUUGGGGGUUUUUCAUCUUUCUAUGUGUUUUAUUAUUGUUAUUGUGUUUUUCUUUUCGCGGGGGGGGGGGGGGGGGGGGGGUUGGUUAUAUCUCAUUUUCUUGGUGUGUCGUAUCGUAUAGUUUGUGAUUAUAGGGGGCGCUUGAUUGCUGGACAAUCAGCCAUCUCAUUUGAUGUCCGAAGCUUUUCUCCUGUUGUAGUAGUAAGUUUGAAUUCAGUUUAGGGUAUUUGCUUUAGAAUUUAGAUGGUUCUAAGAUUUGAUGCUGCUGUUAUUAUUAGUAUUACUAUUAUUGUUUGGAGAUGAAUCGCUGUUGGUGCA